AUGGCCUUCGACGUGGCCGCCGUCGUGGACGCUGACUUUGACCGAAUGCUCAAGUACACCGACGAGACAGGAGGGACGCUCGCAGCACCGCUCGUCCUCGCAACCUGGCCAACUUCCUCCCCGGAUGAAACGGCCCGUCGAAACGAGUGGAGCAUUGGGCAGCAACGAUGGCAGUUUCACAAUGAUCCAACCACGCGAUUUAUGAAAGUCGAGGACGCCAACACAGGCGAGAUUGUGUCGUUGGCACGCUGGCAUAGAUACUCCGAUGGGUAUCCCCUCGAGGACAAGUAUACCGAGAUCGAUGUCUUCGCCCCGCCCGGGAGCUCCCCGAAAUUCCCCCAAGGCUUGAACGGACUGCUUCACGCCGGGCUUCUCGAAGCAUUGCUCGACCGCCGCCCUGAUUAUAUCAAUCGCGGUGUUGCGUGGGUGCUGACCACGCUGGUUACAAGAACUGACUUGCGAAGACGAGGUGCGGGCGGCAUGCUCCUGCAAUGGGGCAUAGAACAGGCCAAGAAGGAAGGAGCACCUGCGUAUCUCGAAGCCGUACCCGCAGCCAUGUCGACUUAUAGCAGCCAUGGGUUCAAGCACAUUGAGGAUUUGACGAUUAAUUGUCGAGACUGGGGCAUGGAUGCUGACUUUGUGCUGGCGGUCAUGCGGAAAGAUCCGUAG